AUGGACUCCAUCCGGGAGAUUGGGCUCGUGGAGCCGAUCGACGUUCUGCAGGUGGAGGGCCAAUACUACGGCUUCAAUGGUUGCCACCGUUUUGAAGCCCACAAACGUCUGGGAAAGCACUCCAUAAAAUGUCGGGUUCGACGGGCGACACGGCAAGUCCUGAAGAUGCACCUCAUGUAG